UCUCCUCCUCCUCCGCCGCCCACCUCUCUCCUUCGCCGCCUUCGCCGCCGCCGCCGCCUCCGAGGGACGCCGACGCAUCAGGGGGUGGGGGGUAAUCAAGCAUGGCGGACACGAAGACGGCGCCGGCGGUGACGCUCCGCACGCGCAAGUUCAUGACGAACCGCCUCCUCUCCCGCAAGCAGUUCGUGCUCGAGGUGCUCCACCCGGGCCGCGCCAACGUCUCCAAGGCGGAUCUGAAGGAGAAGCUGGCGAAGAUGUACGAGGUGAAGGACCCCAGCUGCAUCUUCGUGUUCAAGUUCCGCACCCACUUCGGAGGCGGCAAGUCCACCGGAUUCGGCCUCAUCUACGACAACCUCGACGCCGCCAAGAAAUUCGAGCCCAAGUAUAGGCUCAUCAGGAAUGGGCUUGCUACCAAGGUAGAGAAGUCUCGCAAGCAGAUGAAGGAGAGGAAGAACAGGGCAAAGAAGAUCCGUGGAGUGAAGAAGACAAAGGCUGGAGAUGCAGGCAAGAAGAAGUAAGCAAAGGUGUUGAAUUGACAUACCUUAGCUGCCUUGAGUUCAUUGCCUACUAUCAAUUUUUGUACCCCCUUAUAACAUCUCCUUGUGGUGCCCUCGCAGAAUGGGCUGAUCUGCUAGAAAGAUUUUUGAGCGUUUUGACAUCCGCCCUCUGUUACAUUACAUUGCUGCGUUUACUGUGACUUGAUUUUUAUCAGCUUAUCAGAAUUCA